AUGGCCGCUGCAUCCUUGUUGACAAUUCUCCUCCUGGCCUUGUCAAUCACGGGAUCGCCCGUUGAAGUUAACAAUUCCCCCAUCACCCUCCCCAUUGCCAGGAGGCUAAGUGUCCUCAAUGGUACCAUUAACGCCUUGGAGCAGGAUAAAGCUCGCGUGGCGGCCUUCAGGCUUAAGGACUACAACUUGAAGCACGGCGGCCAUAGCAUUCCUGUGGCCAACCUUGGUACUGUAUACUACGCAGCAGUUGGCAUUGGUAACCCCGCCACAACUUACUACUUGAUCGUCGACACCGGUACCUCGAACACAUGGGUUGGCGCCCGCACACCGUACGUGCCGACCAGCACCAGCGUCAACACUGGUGAAUAUGUGAAGGUCACCUACGGUGCCGGCUACUUCUCUGGAACUGAGUACACGGACACUUUCGAUUUCGGUAAUGGGCUCACCAUCGCCCAACAGUGGAUCGGUGUUGCUACUGAGACGUCGGGCAACUUCGGCGAAGCUGACGGCAUCCUUGGCCUCGGGCCUGUAGGCUUGACAGCGGGCUCCCUAACAGAAGACGUGACAAUAACGGUCCCGACUGUCACUGACAACCUGCAUAGCCAAGGCACCAUUCAUCGUGAGGUUGUUAGUAUCUCUUUCGAGCCCACCACUUCAACGCAGUCAAUGGUCAAUGGAGAGCUCACCUUUGGUGGAACUGUCCGUAACAAGCACGGUCCCAUUACGUACACUCCUAUCACUACCACCAGUCCUGCAUCGAAGUAUUGGGGCAUCGACCAGAGCAUUUCCUACGGUUCCACGACGAUCUUGUCCUCCACUGCUGGUAUCGUCGAUGUUGGAACCACCUUUAUUCACAUUGCUACAGAUGCCUUCGACCAGUACCAGUCUUUAACCGGUGGUACUCUGGAUGCGGCGACUGGUCUUCUCCUCAUUUCCUCUACCCAGUACGGAGCCCUCCAGAACCUGAACUUCAAUAUUGGCAGCGCAACCUUCUCUCUCACCCCUAAUGGCCAACUCUGGCCUCGUAUUCUCAAUACCUACAUUGGUGGUAGCAGCAACGCCAUGUAUCUCGUCGUCAACGACCUUGGUACGCCAAGUGGCAAAGGGUUUGACUUUGUUAAUGGCUACCCAUUCACCGAGCGCUUCUACUGUAUAUUCGAUACCUCCCGCUCCCGCGUCGGGUUUGCCCCAACCUCGUACACUGAUGCUACCACCAACUAA